AGAAGGAGCCCCGUUGGCCUCGCCGCCACGCCAGCCACGCGAAGGAGGCUGCAAAGCGGCGAAAUCUUCGCGGGUUCGCCAGUUUUUUCCUGGCGUCUUUGUUUGGACGAGGAUCCGUUCAUUACGAGGAACCCACGGGGGCUGCCAUGUCAUUCGCCCGAGGUAUCCGCUAAAAACAGAUGGAGCUUUCAUCGCUUAUUGCCGGCUGGCUGCCAAGCCUCCCAUCAGAAGAUGUGGAAACUGUUGUUUCCAAGCUAGAAGAGUGCGGUGUAGCAACCAUGGAGCAUCUAAAGUACAUUGAGGAGAGCGACCUGGACCUCCUAAACCCAGUGAAUAGAAGGAUCCUUUUGGAAAGGUUUCGCGAAGUCAGUGUGACAACCAAGGCACCCAUACCUGCUGCACAACCUACAGCGAGUGUUCCUCUUCCAAGCACCUCACGUUUCGAGAAUUGGAGCGAAGACUUCUCCAUUCCAUGGGAUUCGUUUCCACAGAGGCUUCUGGAAGCAUGCUACAAGAAUGCAAGGCCAACAAAGUCUGACCUGAACCAAAUGGUGAGGCAAUUGAGUAACAGAAUUAUCCAGGAGAGCUUCUCGCCGGGCAGGCGCCACCUGAGGGUAAUCGCUUCAAAGAUUGUAGCUAAGUAUCCGUUGUCAUUUCAAGACAUGCUGCAAGGCACAGUUAUUGGACAAGGCGUUGAAACUUUGCUCUGGAAACUAGAGAAUUGUGUAAAUAACAAGAAGAGGCCCCUAGCGCAACCUCUUCCAGAAGAGAGCACAUCCGACCCUGAUGCGUUUCAUCAGCCCGCAAAGACAGACCGUCGGGACUCCUACGGAUGCGUGGCCUGGAAGCCUGAGCUGCCUCCAGGAGAGACAGCCUACACUCAGGAUGAAAAGAGAGAACGUCUGGUAACAGAAUAUCGCAGGGUAUCUCGGGAUGAUAGACUAGUCAGAAAACUCAUGAGUGAGACUUACGCAACCCAGAGGCUACUGAUCAACAGCUCCAAGGGGGUAGGCAAGGUGAAAGAGGACUGGCCUUUCCUGUUUGAGGAGCACCAUUUUCUCAAUCAUGCAGAGCUACUGCUCGGAUUCAACGUCAGCGAAGUCUUUGAUGAUAACAUGAAAAAGGUUGGAGUACAACUGUACAGGUACGCCUACAGUCAACUGAAGAACGAGGCUGUGAAGAAGUGCCUUAAGGACAUUGAGGAUGCUAAAAAAACUCUAAAAAAUGUGACCCCCGAAUAUGACAGCACUCCGCUCCUGCUGCUGGCAAUCUUCGGUGAAGACAUUGAAUUGAUCUUCAAAAAUGUUGAGGAGAAUGCCACUGACUCGGAUCUGGGUGAUAUGGACCCAAGCCCGAUCAUAUGUGUUAAAGGAGCCAACAACUACACAGCAAGCGAGUUCACAAUUUGUGUUGACACAGUGCCGGUGAUGACCACAAGCAACAGGGCAGGCUCAUUCAAGUUGAUGUUCCUGCUCUAUUUUGUGUUGAACAUUUCGUUCCCAGAAGAAGUGGGCCUUACACUUGAAUUUAUUCAAAGGGGUAUUGCAAGCAUCAACCCACCGAGGGGCACCAAGAUUCUUAAAAAGAAGAAGAAGCAACACUGUGUGUCACCCGCGGUUGCCAAGCUGAUGGCUUCCCUGGAGGAAUAUGCCUUUUAAGCUGAAACAGUCUUAAAGCCUUCCUGAUUCAAAUAAAAGUGGCCGCCAAGUCAAGCAAACUAAUGGCACUAUCAAGAUUUCCCUGGUGCAAGUUCUCUUCAAUAUUUUUGUCCAUAAAAAGAAUACCAGGUAUAUACUCAGGAAGUGUAUCGUUAAGAGCCCAAGAGGGCAGAGUUAAGAGUCGAAGUAGGUAUGUUCAAUAAAUUCCAUUUAGUCUGAGCCCCAAGCGGGCCAAAGUUAAGAAAUAAAACUGCAGUUUCUAAUAGUCUGUUGAAGACAAGCCAUCUGUUCAGAGCCAAAGCGUGGCGAAUGCAAGAAAUAAAGUGGUUAUUUACAAAUAU